UUUGCCGAUUUGUGUAGACAAAAAUUGUGUGCUGCUGUACUUUCUUCAAUAUUACUUAACUUAUUUUUUUAAAAUUCCAAUAUUUUAUAAGAAAACACACAUUUUGUUUUGCUACAAUGUCUGGAAUACUCGGGCGCACACAAUUCCUGGGUGAGACAUCGAAUCUUUUCACAGAUGAAAAAACGGCCACGGCUCGAACCAGGGUUGUUGAAUGGUUCAAUGAAAUGAUGGUGGCGGAACCAGCCACCAAAUGUGAACUCCUAGCCAAAAUCCAAGAAAUUAUAUUGGCAACCUGCCCAGAGCUGAUAGAAGAAUUUCUAGAACACAUUCUAUCUUUUGGUCAUGAUCCCCACACAGAUGUGCGGAAACAAAUAAUCGGAUUCAUGGAACAAAUAUGCAAAUUAAAACCAGAAUUCAUGCCGCAGAUUGUGAAUGUCAUAUCAAUGCUCCUUCGAGACUCUUCGGCCCAAGUAAUCAAACGUGUCAUACAGGCAUGUGGUUCAAUUUACAAGAACGGUUUGAAGUGGAUAUGCACUCGAGCAGAAAUCACAGACAGCACUGAACAAGCUUGGAAUGUUCUUAGUUUAGUCAAAGCUCAGAUCCUUGACAUGAUCGACAACGACAACGAUGGUAUUCGUACAAAUGCUUUAAAAUUCCUCGAAGGAGUAAUCAUUCUUCAGACCUAUCCCGAUGAAGACAGUCAGAAGCGAGAAGACGACUUUUCCUUGGAAGAUAUUCCACUCACUUUGAAAAUCAUGCGAAGAAGGAAACUCGAAGAGGAAGCUAUGAAUAUUUUCGAUAUCUUGCUAAAGUUCCAUGCUGCCACUCAUGUAUCGUCUGUAAACUUAAUAGCUUGUACCGGUAGUCUGAGUACUAUUGCGAAAAUGAGACCUAGUCUCAUGAGUCCCGUGGUUGAAGCUUUCAAGAGUCUCAACGCCAAUCUUCCACCUACUCUCACCGAUUCUCAAGUCAGCUCAGUUCGAAAGAGUUUAAAAAUGCAACUCAUUGGAUUACUGAAGAAUAGAGGGUCAUUCGAGUUUCAAAACGCCAUCAAAAAAAUGUUGCUGGAUUUGGGUUCGUCUCAAUCGGAAAUAAGUCGUGCUACUCCAAAAAUGGACAGACAAGAAGUGAAUUUACGUCAAAAAAGAAUUGUCGAAAAUGCUGCACACAGUCUGAGUAAAAAAAUGCGCCUCGAUAAGGACGAUUCCAGCAGCGGUGCGGUUUCAAAAGACGGUACCGUCAUUGAUUUAAUGGAAGUUGAUAUGGUUGCGUUGGAGAAAAAUAUAGAAACCUCAACUAAAAUCAAUGAAAAGUUCAUUGCGGAUAACAUAAAAAAUUCUGAAAUUGCGGUUAGCUUGGUUUUGGCUUUUAUGAAGCAUCUGCCGGCCGAAGUACCUGAUGUUUUCUUCGAGGAAUAUGUACCCGUGAAGGACACCCCGUUGCCAGCACAAAUAACAAAAAUCGCAUCCCUAUUGGCUUUCCAAAUGACCGAGAAAAAAAUUGGUCCAGGUGGAUCAGUCUUUUCAAAGGACUACGAUACUAACGACGUGGAAAUGACGGAUAUACCUCAUGAGAUGGAUGAGCAACAGCGCAAAGAAGAAGCAACCAAAAAGCUGCGUGAGAACAUGGAAAGGGUGAAGGGGGAACAAGCAUUGCUAGAACACAUGAAGCAGCGAGCGAAAACGCUUAAACUGCAAGAGGUGACGAAACCCUUCCCCAGAGCAACAAAAGCAAAGUUUUUAGUCGAUGCUGUGAAGAGAAUUUUAAGUGCAGAACGCCAGUGCAUCGUGGGAGGAGUUUCCGUGAAGCGCCGCAAGAUUUUAACUGUUAUGGCCGCCACUUUCCCCGACAGCGUUAGAGUAAUAAUUUUUGAUUUUAUUAUGAUGGACAUCAAGGGACGCAUAGACUUGGCCUUCUCUUGGCUCUACGAAGAAUACUGUCUUCUGCAAGGCUUCACCAGACACUCGUAUGUUAAAUCUGAGCAUCGUCCAGAUUACGCUUACAAUGAGCUUCUCAACCAAAUCAUCAAUGGAAUUUGUACAAAAUGUGAUUUCAAAGAUAAGUUGAUUCUUUUGCGGAGGGUUUACCUUGAGGCACCUUUGCUGUCAGAUGAAUCUGUGAAUAAUUUGGUGCAGAUGUGCCUUAGUGAAGAUACGGGCAAUUAUUGUGUUGACCUAAUAAAAGAGUUGACUCUUCUACGUCCUCCGAGAAAGCUUCGUUUCGUUCGAAUUUUACUAAACUUUUGUGUGCACGAGAAAUCGGCUUUGCGGGAAAAAGCAUUGGAUCAUGUUCGCAUUUUGUACUCAGAAAAUAAAGUGCUUCCAGUUAAAAUUGAAGAAUUCGGAAAGGAAUGGUUAAAUCAUCUGUUGAAAGAAACUCCACCACCUGAAAUAUUCGGUGCCGAUUAUGGGCGUGAUACAGUGGAGAUUGCCUGGAAGGAGGAUCUAGCAAAAAUUUGCUUGGGAACCAUUUUAAUAUUGCUGCCGUAUUCAGAAAAUCUACUUGAAGACCUUUGUAAUGUUUACACCAAAACGUCACCAGAUCUUAAACGCACAAUUUUACGUUCUAUUGAAGUGCCAAUCAAGAAGCUGGGCGUUGAAAAUCCAACACUUUUGAAACUAAUCGAAGAAUGUCCCAAAGGAGUUGAAACCUUGGUAACAAGAAUAAUUUACAUUCUUUCAGAAAGCACCAUACCCACAGCAAAUCUAGUGAAAAAAGUACGCGAUCUCUAUCAAACUAAAGUCAAUGAUGUUCGCCUUUUGAUUCCUGUUCUGAGUGGCUUGACCAAGGCUGAGAUUUUAACUGCACUGCCAAAACUUCUGAAAUUAAAUCCAAUUGUGGUAAAAGAAGUUUUCAAUAGACUUUUGGCCAUUGGCACAGAAUAUACGAAUCAAAAAAUGCCUAUAUCUCCAAGUGAGAUACUAGUUUCUCUUCACACUCUAGACCAAAACAAAUGUGAGCUGAAAUAUGUUGUUAAAGCAACAUCGAUGUGUUUGGCCGAAAAGGAUGUCUACACGCAAGAUAUACUUGGUGCUUGUUUGCAACAGCUUGUUGAUAUUGUACCGAUUCCGACGCUCUUCAUGCGAACGGUUAUUCAAAGCUUGGCCCUGUAUCCACGGCUGUCUAAUUUUAUCAUAGGACUACUGCAAAGGUUAAUUUUAAAACAAGUUUGGAAGCAAAAAGUCGUUUGGGAAGGGUUUUUAAAGUGCUGUCAGAGAUUAAAGCCGCAGUCAUCAUCAGUUCUUAUACAAUUGCCAUUGCCUCAAUUGCAAGAUGCUCUCAAUCAGUGUCCGGAUCUUCGGGCUCCUCUCCUUGAAUACGCCGAGUCUGUUGAGGAAAAUCAAGCUGGUAUUAUAUCCCAACAGACUAUGGAUGUUUUGACUGGAAAUGCUUUAGAUGUUAUUAUAACGGAUGAUUCUGGUGGAUUUAUGAUGCUAGAAAAUAUAAAACUGGAAAAGGAGGAGCCUGUCGAACCAUUUAUUCCGGACCAUAGCCAACCUCUGCCACCGGGUGAGGACUAAUAGACUUCCCAUUGUGAACUAUGGGCUCGAUUAUCUUUUCAAAACAAAUUAAUAACCUAUUUAAUACCACUGAAGUAAUAAAAAAAAAUUGAACAGAUUGUUUCUGUAUGAUAAUUUCAUUGAUUGAAAAGUUGAAAUAAUUCUUUUUGUUUGUACUAAGUAGGCGCUGCUUCUUGUUAAUAAGAACUUUGUUUAGUAAAAAUAAAUACCUUAAAAGUCUAAGAAGUAAA